AUGGCUGUUGAAAGACCACAACAACAACAACAGGUGGAUGUACCAACUCAAAAGAGAAAUGAUAAACUUACUAAUCAAGAUCAUCAAAAUGUAAACAACAAUGUAACUUCUACUCAAUCGACUAAUACAAAUACUCAAAAGGAACUUCAUGUUACUAAUCCAAGUGUUGUGAGUCAUAUAACAAACGUACAAACUAAAUCCAUUAUGAAUCCAUGCGGGACAUCCGGUGCAGUAGUUAGCAAUACUCCAGAACCAGGCUUAAAACGUGUUGCUACUGUGACUUUUAGUGAUCCUAAGAUCAAUGCUAAUUCCAUUGGUGUGAGCCUUCUUAAUGGUGUUCCUAAUGGCAGCAGUAAUGGUAGCUCUACUGUUACUUCUCCAACUACCACUUUGGCAUCACAACAAUUGAAUAUUGCUCAAGAACAUGUUGUACCUAUUAAUAUUAACAAUGAUAGACAGAUGACUAAUACAAGCAACAACAUUUCUAAUAACAACAAUACCUCUAUUAUGAACAAUUCUAAAAAUCAUAUUAAUGCUACUCCAUCUACUAUUUUGGGAACUUCACAAAAACUACCUACCUCCUCAUCAAAUUCUCGUAUUUCUUCUAACAAUAUCAACAGUAACGUCACUAAUACCACGAAUAAUAAGUUGAAUACUUUAGAGAAAAAAGAAAUUAACAAACCUUUAGUAAGAGCUCCAAGUCCAUUACAAAAGAGUGGGAACGAUCAAAAUAAUAGUUCCGCAAACCACAUUAUUAAUAAGAAUAAAGAGGUAAUAAGUCCGUUAAAUACAUCAACGGCAGGAGGGGUAAGAAUAAUAUCGAAUCCAUCUAUAAUUUCACCAACCUCGAGUAUAUUACAAAAACCAAAUAAUACUAAUACUAAUACUAAUGCCAUUUCUACUACUUCUACUAAUAAUAAUAAUCCGUCUCAACAAUCUACCAAUACAAAAAACACGACUAAUCUGUCAGUAUCUAUGGCUUCUAAUAAUUCAAGAAGCAUAAAUGCUAAUAACAUACUUAAAAAUGUUUCGUCGCAUUCUUCAGAUAAUAAUGAAAAAGCAGAACAUCCACAUUUUUUGGUAGAAGACUCGCUUCAUAGUCCAAUUAUUAGGUCAAGAUCAAGUAGCACAAGUCCAAGACCUUCUAUUUCUUUAAGUCCGAAAAUUCCAACCUUAUUAGAAAGAGAAGGUAGUAUCUUGAAAUCUCAUCAAGAAUCUGUACCAUUAGAGUAUGUUUUGGAAGAAAUUGAAAAAGAUAAGAAGAAGCCUCAAAAUAUCUCACCUCCAUCUACAUCAUCAACCACCAACAAUGGUGCUGCUAACAAUAUUACUAUUAAUACAACUAUCAAUGGAACGAACACUAGUAAUAACUCCAGUGUUAGUACACCAGCCAAUAAUAUCAUUAAUGCUAUAAGUUCUAAUACCAAUAUGAAUACACCGAUGACAACUAAUACCAAUACACCAAAUUCUCAAAAUAUUAAUACACCACCAACAUUAUAUCAAAAUUGGACACCUAAUGCACCAAAGAGAGAUAAUGGUAAAAAUAUUGAAAGUAGACUACCACAAGACGAUGGGAAAUUACAUGUUUUAUUUGGUGGUACUGGUUGCUUAUCAGUCUAUAAGAUUAAAUUGAUGAUUAAGAAACUAGAAGAAAUUUAUGGUAAAGAUAAGAUCAGUAUUCAAGUUAUUUUAACAGAAUCUGCAGAACGAUUUUUUAACAAGAAAUUUACAAAGAGAAAUAAAUCUAAUAAUGAAAAAUGUCAAGAAACUUUUAUUGAAAACGUUAAUGGCAGUGGUGGUGGUGGUGUUAAUACCAAUAAUAAAACUUCCAAUACAAAUACAUCAACAUCAUCACCAUCAUCAACAACCGUUAAAUUGAACAAUAAUCCAAACACUAAUGGUGUACUAUUAACUAUUGAACAACCUCAACAAUUAGCACCAUUAUCCAGUCAACCAUCCAAUACAAGUAAUGCGUCUACUGCCACAUCAGGGGGUAAUGCAAACGCUACUGCUCAACCUGAAUAUUCCACUAGAAUCCCUGUACCACACAGUGGUGUUCCAGUACAUAAUGCUAAAUUUGAAUUACCUCCACAUAUCCAAGUUUGGAGAGAUAAAGAUGAAUGGGACGUUUGGGAACAACGUACGGAUCCUGUAUUACAUAUUGAAUUACGCCGUUGGGCUGAUAUCCUAGUCGUUGCACCAUUGACUGCUAAUACAUUAUCAAAGAUUGCUCUUGGAUUGUGUGAUAAUUUGUUAACAAGUGUUAUUAGAGCAUGGAAUCCUACUUUCCCCAUAUUUUUAGCACCAUCAAUGGUUAGUAGCACGUAUAAUUCUGUUGUUACCAAGAGACAAUUACAAGUCAUUAAAGAAGAUAUGCCAUGGAUCACAGUAUUUAAACCAUCAGAAAAAGUCAUUGGUAUUAACGGUACCAUUGGAUUAGGUGGUAUGAUGGAUUGGAAUGAAGUGGUGGAUAAGAUUGUCAUGAAGCUGGGCGGAUAUCCAAAGAAUGAUGAAGAUUUAGAAGAAGAUAAUGAUGAUGACGAUGACGAUGACGAUGAAGAAGAUGAUGAUGAGAAAGAGAAGGAAAGACGUGGUAAAGAUGAUGAUGACGAUGACGACGACGACGACGACGACGACGACGACGACGAUGACGACGAUGAUGAUGACGAUGACGACGACGACGACGAUGAUGACGACGACGACGAUGACAAUGACGACGAAGAAGUAAUAGAAAUUGUGACCCCUGUGGAACACGCUUUGAACUAA